CUGACCCCAGACAACAACCAGUAAAACCCACGUCACAGUCCUGCCCUCCACCAACACCCUCUCUCUCUGUCUCUCUCUCUUCAUGGGUUCCAACGGCUUCGGAGGUUCCCAGAGACUGGUAGACUUAGUUCAACAGCUUCGACCCUCCAAACCUCUUUGCCUUCCCAGCAACGCUGACAACCCCCCAAAAGCAGAAUCUGAAACAAACCCAAUUGCAAAACCAUCGGAAAGAACCAGACCCAAAAGAGCUGCAGUUCUGAUCUGCCUUUUUGAAGACGAAAAUGGGCAUCUCAGAGUAAUUCUCACCAAGAGGGCUUCAACACUGUCCACAAAUUCAGGAGAUGUUUCAUUGCCCGGUGGGAAGACAGAAGAAGGCGAUGCCAAUGACAUAGAGACAGCAUUGAGGGAGGCCAAGGAGGAGAUUGGUUUGGACCCUUCACUUGUGGAUGUUGUCACUGUUCUCGAACCCAUUGUUACUAAGAUUGGUAUGGCUGUAGUUCCUGUGCUUGGCAUACUUGCAGACAUUAGACAAUUCAAUCCAACUCCGAAUGCAGCAGAAGUAGAAGCCAUAUUUGAUGCACCUUUAGAUAUGUUUCUCAAGGUAUUACCAUCCAAAAGUAUUUCCUCAUUUCUGCUUUCUUCGUCUAAAUUUCUCUGCCAGAAUUCCUUUUUUCAUGUGUCGUGGCCUCAGGACAAGAAUCGACGAGAAGAGGAGAGAGAAUGGAUGGGGAACAAGUAUCUUCUCCAUUUCUUUGACUAUGAAGCUGAGAAUGGGAAAUACGUCAUAUGGGCUUUAACAGCUGGGAUUUUGAUUGCAGCCGCAUCACUUGUGUACCAGCGACCACCAGACUUCCAAGAGCGCAAGCCUCAAUUCUGGUCUAGAAUUUGCUUAUAGAGAUAGCUUAAUAGUCGUACCAUAGUCCAAACCCAAUGUAGUUUGUUUUUCCCUCGUGUAAUCCAUUUUACCCAAAAAAGAGGUCUAUUUUAUUUGACAGGUUUUUAUUAUGCUUUCAUUUAGUGUGGCUACUGCAAUAAAGUCUUACCAAGGCAAAAAUUCUUGGCCGCCAAAAAACUGUAAUCCCCAUUUAUGUUAAGUUAUCAAAAACCACUUACUUUCUUGAUC